UUCCUGGGUAUCUCUAACUUUUCUCUCGGAGUCGCGGUCACAGGCUUCUGACUUGGAACUGCUUCCGCGGCCAGGGCGGCGAGGCGCGGCGGCGGCGGGUGGGAUGAGCACGGCGCGCGGUGGAGCGGCGCGGACGCUGCGGGUGCCGGGCCGCCACGGCUACGCCGCCGAGUUCUCCCCGUACCUGCCGGGCCGCCUGGCCUGCGCCGCCUCGCAGCACUACGGCAUCGCGGGCGGUGGAACCCUGCUAAUCGUGGAUCAAAUUGAAUCUGGGCUUAGGCUUUUUAGAAGCUUUGACUGGAAUGAUGGUUUAUUUGAUGUGACGUGGAGUGAGAACAAUGAACAUGUCCUUGUCACCGGUAGUGGUGAUGGGUCACUGCAGCUCUGGGAUACAGCCAAAGCUGCAGGGCCACUACAGGUCUAUAAAGAACACACUCAGGAGGUGUAUAGUGUUGAUUGGAGCCAAACCAGAGGUGAACAGCUUGUGGUAUCUGGUUCAUGGGAUCAAACUGUCAAAUUGUGGGAUCCAACUGUUGGAAAAUCUCUGUGCACCUUUAGAGGCCAUGAAAGUGUCAUUUAUAGCACAAUCUGGUCCCCCCACAUCCCUGGUUGUUUUGCUUCAGCCUCAGGUGAUCAGACUCUGAGAAUUUGGGAUGCGAAGGCAACAGGAGUCAGAAUUGUGAUUCCAGCGCAUCAGGCAGAGAUUUUGAGUUGUGACUGGUGUAAAUACAAUGAGAAUUUGCUGGUGACAGGGGCAGUUGACUGUAGUUUGAGAGGCUGGGACUUAAGAAAUGUACGACAACCAGUGUUUGAACUUCUUGGUCACACCUAUGCUAUUAGGAGGGUGAAAUUUUCGCCAUUUCAUGCUUCUGUGCUGGCCUCUUGCUCCUAUGAUUUUACUGUAAGAUUCUGGAACUUUUCAAAGCCUGACCCUCUUCUUGAAACAGUGGAGCAUCACACAGAGUUCACUUGUGGUUUGGAUUUAAGUCUUCAGAGCCCUACUCAGGUGGCUGACUGUUCUUGGGAUGAAACGAUAAAGAUAUAUGAUCCUGCUUGUCUUACUGUUCCUGCAUGAAAUACACCGUUCUCAUCAGAAACAGAGGAUGUUGGCUAAAGAAUUACAUAACAGCAAAUAAAUAAACUGUUGAAAACAUAAACAUUAGACAUUUAUAUCCUAUUCAGAUUUCAAAUUUUUGAAAUUUACCCAAGAAUCAGUUUUGAGGCAGCUGAUAAAGACUUUGGCUCACUCUUUAAGCCUGGUACAUAAGCCAUAUUUCUUAAAAUCCUAAGGAAUAAUUAAUGUUAUGGUAUAUCUCAUAAUAUCUAUUAAAAUGUAGUAUCUAUUGUAAAAUAUAUUAAAAUAUGAGAAAUCUGUAGAUUAUAUUGAUAGUGAUAUAUUUCAUUUUUAAUUUAUUUCAUUUUGAUGUAAAAUAUAACACUGCUGUUGAUAAAGAUCAAAAUAAACUCCAUCUCUUGACCAUUUAUCAUUUA